AUGAUUCUCCGGCACCUUUUUACCUUGGUUUUUGUCACCAUCUACUUCAUUUUCUCGUCCGAUGCGUCUCCUGACAACUCCUCGCUUGUAUGGGGCCCGUAUCGUCCAAAUUUGUACUUUGGCGUCAGGCCGCGGAUAUCUAAAACGCUGCUUACGGGGUUGAUGUGGUCUCGCAUGGAAAAUAACGAAACGGUGGAGCACGACCUCCGCCACACGUGCGAGCAAAAUGAAGGCAUGAACGGCUACGGCUGGACAGCCUAUGACCCUAGACAAGGCGGAUUGCAGAAUAUUCAUGAUGCAGGAAACAAGCUGGAUUUUAGCACCGAAUUUUUCAAAGCGCCCGACGGGCCACAUGGCGGUAAUUGGGGCGUGCGCGUCAGAGGAGUGCCCCGAUCUGACGCACAGCUCGGUUUGAUAACCAACGUUAUCUUCUAUGUUGGUAUGGAAGAGAUGGAAUCCAGCAGUAGCUCCAAUUUGGAGUGCGCAAAGUCAGAAGGCCAAGCUGUAGAAUGUCAAGGAGCCGCGCACAGCCUAGGGGAUUUUAAAUUUCAUAUCCAGGACCCGGAAGAUGGAAAACCAAGCCAAAUGACUUCAUUGACUGCAUUAUUAGUUCCAGAAGAAAAAAUCUGGCAGGGAAAGUCCGUAUUUACGGAUUAUGUUAAGAGUAAUUCGGAUUUCGAUCAUGUAUCUACACACGAUCCUCAAAAGGGGAACAUGGUUUUUGUACAGAAAGUUUUCCAGGAUUCGUUCGAGUUUGAUAUCCUGUUUUCUUCUCAGUCUGCAUCCCAACCCAUAACAUCAACGGACCUUGAUAAGGGCGUUAACAUCGCUCUCGAUUCUUUUUCGUCUCGAUUCAAAACUGUUUAUCCUCCUAAAUGGCCAUAUGACCAAGGAAGUUACGCCAACUGCUCGAGGGCUCUACUUUCUAAUCUCUUAGGCGGCCUCAACUUUGGUCACGGGAAGAUGAAAGUGGACAACUCUCAUGCUCCUGAAUACGAAGAAAAAGAUUUGGAUUUUUGGAAAAAGGUUGCAAGGGCCCAAGAAAGAGCUACUCCUGAGAUGGUUGGACCUUUUGAGCUAUUCAGUCUCAUUCCUUCUAGGCUAUUCUUUCCGCGAGGAUUUCUGUGGGAUGACGGCUUCCACUUGCUUUUUUGGUUCGCUCUCAUUGACGACGACGGCUGGAUCGCGAGAGAGCAGAUCCUUGGAGACGAGCCCCGUAGCAAGGUCCCUUCUGCUUUCCAAACUCAGUAUCCGCACCACGCAAAUCCUCCAGCGUUGUUCUUAGUGGUAGCGGCCUUCCUUGACCGACUCGGUGGAAAGGUGCCUUACAAUGGCGCUCCCUCAUAUUAUCUUAGCCACCCCGAUGCUGCAAAGGAGCUUUUCAACGGCCUUUACCCGUUGCUCAAGAGGCAGUACUCUUGGUCUCGCAAUACCCAGGCUGGGGAUUUAACCUCAUACUCUCGGCCAGAUUUUAUGUCAAAGGAGGGUUAUCGCUGGCAAGGCCGGACACCUCAAUAUACUCUAGCCAGCGGACUGGAUAAUUAUCCUCGAGCAAAUCCACCACACCCAGGGGAGUUGCAUAUAGGUGCGCUGACCUGGGUUAGUUCCAUGGCCGGUUCACUGCAUCAAGUUUCGGCAUAUCUGGACCAAAAAGACGACCAGGAGAAGCAUGUCCAACAAGCACGGGCAAUAAAGCAUAAUUUCGAGACUGCAUUGAACGAUAUGCAUACCCUAGUGUGUCGUAAGGGAUACAUCUCACUGUUUCCUUUUCUGCUCGGGCUGCUUGAACCCGACCAUCAUCAUCUAAAUGCUGUUCUUACUUUGAUCAAUGAUGAGGGUGGGCUUUGGAGCAAGCAUGGAAUUCGCAGCCUUAGUAAAAAAGACCAAUUCUAUGGCAAGGACGAAAAUUACUGGCGUAGCCCGGUCUGGAUUCCUAUUAACUAUUUAAUUGUCGAACGACUUCUUGAUCUUGCGCAAUCUCAUGGGCCCUUCCAGCAGAGAGCGCGUGACAUGUACUCCACGCUCCGCCGCAACCUUGUAGACACUGUUUACACUUCCUGGCGCAACACCGGUUUUGCUUGGGAACAGUACAAUCCUGAUACAGGAGCUGGCCAGCGAACGCAAGAUUUCACGGGAUGGACCGCACUUGCCGUUAAGAUUAUGGCUUUUCCGAACCUCGAAACAUCGCGACGCUCAGAACCUCUUAUCAACUACUCUCGAUCCACCUUGGCAUCACAGUGGGCUGCAUGGCACGAAAAGUUUUCUGCUUAA